AUGGCAGCGCCCACACACGCUAGACGAGCAACCACACUACCCGACGAUGGAACCCCCAUGGAUUCCAGACCAAACCACGUCGAUCGUCGUCCAACAGUGCCAGAAGAACACGAUUACGACUCGACAGUUCCUCAACCGAAGACAAUGUCGACACCCAAGCUGUAUCUGAUAGAAGGGGAGGCUCAAGCGUUUCGACACUUGGCUCACAGUAUCGUCUCCAGAACACUAGCACACGAGUGUGAGUUCCGUCAACUUGGAUGUCCAGAACCGAACAGUAAGGAGUGGAAGCUGCUCAAACGACAGGACGACUUGAGUGUCUACAAGCAGCGAGGCAGCAGCGACUCCAAGACGUACACGGUCAAGUGUGUGGGCUCACUGGAAGGCACGUUAGAAGACAUUCUCUACGGCACACACUCGAAGAAUCGCGACGAAAUGCACGCGACCGCAGCGUAUUUACACAGCAGCCACAUGGACUGCGCCGUGCUCAAUGUUCUCGACAGUGGGACGGACGAAGACCCGUAUCGACAACUUGCACUCAAGUGGUUCAUUGCUGAGACCUUCGGGGAUGCGCGGUUAGUGAAGCAUCGGGACUGGUUUAACAUCGAGUCAACCGGUAUGGGCACCGACACCUGGGGUCGUCGCUUCGGCUACUUCCUUGCCAAGUUUGUUGAUCACCCUGGAUGUCCGCCGAUGCCUGAGGAUAGUGACGUGAUCCGUGGGAAGAUGGCCAUGUGCUGCAUUUACCGUCAAGAACCGGGAUCCAAGAUCGUCGAUGUGUACGCCAAGGGGUCGAUCGAUCUAGGUGGAGGGAUGCCAGCUUUCAUCACCAGCAGUGCGUCGUGUGCUAUGAUGUUCAAUAUGGCUGUGUCCAUGGAAAGCGCCGAAUCCAAGCGUCUUACUAAACUUGCGCUUCAACACGCUCAAAGGGAGGCUAAGGAGAAGGAGAGAAAGGCUGAAGCUGAGGAGGAAGAUGCGAUAGAAAGGUCGCAGAAGCUCACGACGGAAUCGGUUAUCGACUUGCUGGCAGCGUCCGUGAUCUCCUCGUCGACUACUUCAUCGAAUGAGGGAAAGAUGAAGGCGUCGAAAGCCACUAGGGUGCCUUGCCAUGUCUGCGGUAAGAAGCCUGUCAUGUCCAAAUUUGUCCGAUCAUCGCAUCGCAAAUGCGGUAUCUGCAAGGAACGAGCGUGCAGCAAGUGCAACAUCAAGCGGAAACUGUUUGGCCGAGCGGGUCCAGUGACGGUGUCGUGCUGUAAAGUCUGCAUCCUCGAGUCGAAGCGCCUGAGCAUAGAUCCACGUGAACCUUGUCCAAUUCUUCCUUAA